GAAAUUUUCUACAACUUAGUUUGUUUAGAUUUUUGACUCAUAACGGUUAUUGGGCAUACCGGGUUAUAUAAAUAAAGAAAAAAUUCGCCAAUUAAAUUUUAACUACUGUGUUAUUAAUUCACCGUUUAACGGUUAUAGACAAAAAAGAAAAACAAAAAACAUCAUGAAAAAUUUAAUAUUUUUGUGCGUGUUAUUGUUCGCGGUUGGUAUCGGUGCCGAUAUUAUCGAAGAUAAUCCAUGCAAACUUCCCGGUUUUUUUGCCAUUAAAGAUAAUAGCCCCGUUUUUUAUGGUUGUUACGCUAAUAAAUAUGGUGGUUUAACUUUAAAAUAUUUGACUUGUCAAAAGGGUGAGGUGUUUAGUUCCCUUAAAGGAUAUUGUGUUCCUAAAGCAACUUUGAGUGAAAUAAAUGAUGAAAGUGAAGUAACUAACGCUCCAGAUGUAGAAGAUCCUACAAUACCCACCGAGCCCACAGUUGGAGAUGUAGAAGAACCUACAAUUCCUACCGAAGCAACACCAGCACCAGGUGAAGUUGAAAACCCCACAAUUCCAACCGAAGCUACACAAGCACCAGGAGAAGUUGAGAACCCCACAAUUCCUACAGAAACUACACUAGCACCAGGUGAAGUGGAAAAUCCAACUAUUCCUACUGAACCAACUGAGAAACCAGCUACCGAAGCUCCAGCUACUGAAGCUCCUGCUACCGAAGCUCCCGCUACUGAAGCUCCUGCUACCGAAGCUCCUGCUACUGAGGCUCCUGCUACCGAAGCUCCUGCUACUGAAGCUCCUGCUACCGAAGCUCCCGCUACUGAAGCUCCUGCUACUGAAGCUCCCGCUACUGAAGCUCCUGCUACCGAAGCUCCCGCUACUGAAGCUCCUGCUACCGAAGCUCCCGCUACUGAAGCUCCUGCUACUGAAGCCCCAUCUACUGAAGCUCCAGCUACCGAAGCUCCCGCUACCGAAGCCCCAUCUACUGAAGCUCCCUCUACUGAAGCUCCUGCUACUGAAGCUCCUGCUACUGAAGCUCCCUCUACUGAAGCCCCAUCUACUGAAGCCCCUGCUACUGAAGCCCCUGCUACUGAAGCUCCUUCAACUGAAGCUCCUUCAACUGAAAUUCCUUCAACUGAAACACCUGCUACCGAAACUCCUUCAACUGAAACACCUGCAACCGAAGCUCCUGCAACUGAAGCUCCAGCUACCGAAGCUCCUUCAACUGAAACUCCUGCUACCGAAACACCCGCCACCGAAACACCUGCUACCGAAGUACCUGCAACUGAAGCUCCCUCAACUGAAACUACUGAAAGUGGUGAAACCGAAACAACAGAUAUACCUGUUCACGAUUUUAUUUGUCCCACUACCGGCUUUUUCCCUCAAGAUGGUAGCUGCAACGAAUUUAACUAUUGUUGUGAAAUCGAUGGUGAAUUGAAAGCUUUUAGACGUCACUGUCCUGAAGGUCAAAACUUCUAUCCCAUAGGUGGAUAUUGUACCGCCAACUAUGACUGCAAUGAUGAACCAACUAUGGCUCCAGUAACAACUGAUGCUCCUGUAACAACUGAUGCUCCAGUAACAACUGAUGCUCCAGUAACAACCGAUGCUCCAGUAACAACUGAUGCUCCAGUAACAACUGAUGCUCCUGUAACAACUGAUGCUCCUGUAACAACUGAUGCUCCUGUAACAACUGAAGCACCUGUAACAACCGAAGUUCCAGUAACAACUGAAGCACCAGUAACAACUGAAGCACCAGUAACAACUGAAGCACCUGUAACAACUGAAGCUCCUGUAACAACCGAUGCUCCUGUAACAACCAAUGCUCCAGUAACAACCGAAGCUCCUGUAACAACCGAUGCUCCUGUAACAACCGAAGCUCCUGUAACAACUGAAGCUCCAGUAACAACUGAAGCACCUGUAACAACUGAAGCACCUGUAACAACUGAAGCUCCAGUAACAACCGAAGCACCAGUCACAACUGAAGCUCCUGUAACAACUGAAGCUCCAGUAACAACCGAGGCUCCAGUAACAACAGAAGCUCCUGUAACUACUGAAGCUCCCGUUACUACCGAAGCACCUGCUACUGAACCAACCAAAGCCCCUGAAACUGAGCCAACUGAAACUGAAGCCACACCUACAGAACCAACCAAAGCCCCUGAAACAGAAGCUCCCGCUACUGAACCAACUAAAGCUCCUGAAACUGAAGCACCUGCUACUGAACCAACCAAAGCUCCUGAAACUGAGCCAACUGAAACUGAAGCCACACCUACAGAACCAACCAAAGCCCCUGAAACAGAAGCUCCCGCUACUGAACCAACUAAAGCUCCUGAAACUGAAGCACCUGCUACUGAACCAACCAAAGCUCCUGAAACUGAGCCAACUGAAACUGAAGCCACACCUACAGAACCAACCAAAGCCCCUGAAACAGAAGCUCCCGCUACUGAACCAACUAAAGCCCCUGAAACAGAAGCUCCCGAAACUGAAACAACCAAAGCUCCUGAAACCGAACCAACCAAAGCCCCUGAAACAGAAGCUCCCGCUACAGAACCCACAAAAGCUCCUGAAGGCGAAACUACUAAACCUCCAGUAACCGAACCACCACAAGCACCAGAAAAAGUUGCCCCACAAGUCGCCAAAACCGAUGAAUUCGUAUGCUUAUCUGAGGGAACAUACGCUCAUGCCAACGAUUGCUCCAAAUAUUACAAGUGUAAAUGGAAUAAAAUAACUGAAAACUUUGUUGUAGAAAUCAAACAGUGUGCCGAAAAACAAGUUUACAAUACCUUCACAGAUAGAUGUGGUCGUGAAGGCAUCAUAACUUGUUUGGGACGCCCAAAUAACUCUAGAUUUAGUAGAUUGUAAAUUUAAACAAAAUGAAAACUUUAUUAAUAUUAAACGAACGAAUUUGUAUUAACGUUAAAGGAUUUUGAAUAAAAUUCGGUUAAUGCCAAGCACAUGAUAAUCUUUAUUAUUUUGUAAAAAUAAAAAAAAUAAUAAUUUAUUGUAAAAAGUAUUUAUACUGACUUAAUAAAAUAUAUUACUUAUACUAUAGUAUUUAUCAUAA